GAAGUAAAAUCCUCAAUGUUAUCCUUUUUGUUCUUUCUCCAGCUCGGUUUUGCAGUUGGCAAUGUAGUUGGAAUGUAUUUGGCCCAGAACUAUGAUGUUCCAAACAUUGCAAAGAAGAUUGAAGACAUCAAGAAAGACGUCGAAGCUAAGAAGAAGCCUCCAAACGAUAAAUGAUGCUGAUUUAGGCAUCCUACUAUUCAAUGUAGAUGGUCUACUUUAACCAUCCAGGUGUCAAACUUUAUUGGCUUUAAUGAAUGCUGUCAGGCCUGAUUUCAGAAGGCCUUAAAAAGCAAUCAGGCUUAGUGUUACUAUAUCCACGUGGCCUCCUUGCAAUAUCAUAUAUAUAUAUAUAUAUACAUAUACAUACACAUACACAUACACAAACUGGACUUUUGUUCUCUGUAUAUUGCUUCAGUAAUACUCUAUAUUUAGUAAUAACAAGAGUCAGGAACAGAAUGAAGAUAUGCCAUUAAUUAUUCCAAUCUAAAAACAACAUCUAACUCUACAAAUAUUGGCAUCUAUCUGUAAGAUACCAAAUCUGUCUGAUAAAAAUGCCCAUCUUGUUGCUGAAAUAUGACCUUUUUAUUCUAUUGUUGAGCAUUCCUGCAACAUGUAUAGUCUGCAUAUAAUCAGUAAAUUGAAUGUCAAAAUGUUGAGCAGUUCAUAGUGAUGUGAUAUGAAGCCAAUAUGCUUCAUCCAUUGUUUGUAAAAAUUGUAAAAUAAAAAUAAAAAUUGAACAACUUAAUUGAAUUGUUGCAAUGUAUCAACAAAAUGUACUCAUCUUCCGAUUCUUAGUUGGUAUUUUUGUUUGUAAUGUUUUUAAGGAUUUACCAUUUUGAUAUAACUAGGAAUUGAUGGAGUCUGCACUUGUAUUCUGAUGAUGAAAACAUGAAACUAUGCAAACUGGCUUGAAUUUUACUGUCUUGUAUCUGUUGUAGCUCUUUCUUGAAACAAAGAAAGAUGCAUGUAUUUAGAAGAUGCUGGACAAUAUUUGCAGAUAUUCCAUUGUCUAUAUAGGGGUAAGCAUAUCUAUCAUAGGCUCCCUUUAAACAUUUUUGUAGCUUUCUCUGACUGAUCACUCUAUUAAAUAUUGUUAAUGGAAAUGCUAAAAAUUGGCAAUGUGAAAAAGGGCUAGUAUUCAUCCCAAGUUCAAGUCUCUUAUUCUACCGAAACCCUUCCUUACCACAAUAUCAAAGUUCAGGUUUUGGCUUUCUAAGGUUUAAUAAUGGACUAGAUAAUAUGCUUGUGGCCAGAUGAACAUAGAACCUAGAGUUCUAGUUUUAUGUCAUAUGCUAAAUGGAUUACUUAUAUAUUUUACACGAAAAUUACUUGAAUUUAUUAUUUUGUUUGUUUGUUAAACAGCAAGUUUUGGUAAUCAUAGGCGUGGGGUUAUAACAAUGCUCCUAUACUAUGUUGAGUAUGGCUUUAUGGAUUAAUAUGUGCAUUCAAAAAUGUGUAUGUUGUAACAAAUAAAUACUAAAGUAUUGUGAGAAAGUUCAGAUUUUAAAAAGUGUCCAAUUCACAGUGAUAUCACUGCGAACCUUUCCCCCUUGACUUGACUUUUAGUUCUCUAUGUGGAUUUAUAUUCAUCAUAUCAAACUUUUCUUUGUAUUAUCAUCAUACCAUCACAUAUAGAUGCAGUGUUAGGGCAUCAUUAUCAAUUGCCUUUUUUACAGAAUACAAAGUAUUUGGGUAAAAUUGCUUGAUUUCACAACCAAUCUAAUUUUAUCAGAAUUUUUUUCUUUCUCUCUUUCAGAAGCUUGUCUAUAUGGGUAGAGGGGAAAGUGGACUGUUGUCCCAAUUGAUGCAAAUUUUC